GGCAAAUCCUGUUUCCCCUGCUCUCUUCCGACUCUUCCCGUCUUCCUGUCUUAGCGUCUUCACGACAAAGGCCAAAGGGACACCGCCGGUCCGCCACGGCGCCGCGCCACUCGGCCCACUCCGCCAGACCGCCGUCCACAACCGCACGCCGCUGCCAAAGGGACACCGCUCGGCUGCUCUCCAGUCUCCACGAGGACCACGACUCGACUUCAACCGACGACUCCGAGUCUCCCACGACACUCUGACUUCAGCCGACCGCCUCCGCCGCCCUCCGGCCUCCCUCAGAUGUCGUCCUUCCGGAGAAACUUUAUUUAGAGUUGGGGUUGAAGUGCAUAUAUAUAUAUAUAUAUAUAUAUAUAUAUAUAUAUAUAUAUAUUCUCACAUUGUAGAUUAAAGGCAGGCAGGCAAUGGGAGAGGAAACAAAUGAAGUUGGGUUUUCUCAUGAUGAAGGGAAGCUUGUGUUGAUUGCAGGUUCUGAAAAAAGAUUGGAUUUAGAUGCUCGUGAAGGGGCAACAGAAUCAGAUGAUGAGUCUGAUGAAGUGUCUAGCGGAAAGAGUGGAGAGGAGGAGUCAGAAGAGGAGAUAAUGCCUUUUAGUUUCUUAGUCGAUGAUGCUAAUUACGAAGAACUAGCUGAGAAAAAGAGAAAAGCCAUUGUGUCUCAUGAAGACAAAAAAGGGCCUUUGAAGAAACAGAAGGGGACUGAGUUUCUAGGUGCUAGUAUGGAUGAAAUCAUGGAAGCCAUGAAUUACGGUAGCAAGAGGAAAUCGAGGAAGAAAAAGAGAAAAGGAAGGCGUAAAGGUUCUAGAAGAAACGUGGACCCCGAGACCACAGAAUUGUUAGGUGAGGGCACACUGUGCUAUGCAACUGGGGAUUACGAAAGGGCUAUACAACUGCUAAGUGAGUGUAUCAGGCGUAACCCAACACACGAUGCUUACCAUACACUCGGCCUUGUUCACUACGCAAAGGGUGAUAAGAAAAGAGCUAUCUGUUAUUACAUGCUUGCAACACUAAGUGUAAAUAGGCCAAAGGACACACCUCUCUGGAAGUCGCUUCUUUCUUGGUUUAUAGAUCAAGGGAAAACUGCGGCUGUUAAUUACUACCUUCCCAAGGCCAUUGCUGCUGACCCUGAUGACAUCAUGCUUAAAUUCCUCGGCGCGUCUCAUUAUACUGAACUUAAGGAGUAUGAGAAAGCUGCUAAGCUAUAUCAACAGAUACAUCACCUUCGUCCUGAUGAUUCUGAAGUCUGCAUGGCAGCAGCUGAGCUGUAUAAGCAGUGUGGUAAGGUCGAAUCCUCCCUGGUUGCUCUUGAGAGUUAUCUCAGCCACUUCCCAACUGGUGGCGAUCCCAGAGUCAUUUUGAUGCUAACUAGCAUAUACAUUGAGAAUGGCGAGUAUUGUAGAGCUCUUCAACUUAUUAAAAAAAUAGAAGAUUCUCCCAGAAGUGAAUCUUCAUUUAAUGAUCUAAUAAUGGCUAAGGCAGGAAUUUGCUACCUUCAUCUCGGAGAUCUAGAUAAUGCACAAUCCCUUUUCGGGACACUACGUAUUGAGAACAUGAAUGGUUUUACCGAAUCAAUCAUUGAAAUCGCAGACACGUUUAAGAAGCUUGAUCACCAUCAAUCUGCUUUGCAUUACUACUUGAUGUUGGAAAGCGGAUUGGGAUCAACUAGUGGAAAUCUAAAUUUGAAAAUCGCAGAAUGUUACUUAUCUUUGGAAAAGUGGGAUGAAGCAAUUGGAUGCUUCUACAAAGCUCUUCCUUUGCUUGAGAACAGUGUUGAGACUCGGCUGACCUUAGCUUCGCUUCUUCUUGAGAGAGGGAGAGACGAAGAAGCAAUACUUGUUCUUUCUCCCCCAAAUUCAGACUUUGGAUUGAAAACCAUCUUUAAUAACAAUAGCACCCCUGAUGAAGAAUGGUGGAAUGACAUGGAAGUGCAACUAAAGCUUGCCAGGAUCUACCGAGCUAAAGAUAUGUUUCAAGAAUUUGUAAAUGUAUUCUAUCCCUUGGUUUAUCGGUCUUUUACUUCUGAAGCUUCAAAGGUAGCAGCUAAGAAAAAAAAGCUCCCGAAAAGAGUGCUUCUAGAAAGAGCCAAAGUUUUAGAUGACGAUCAAACUGACAAUCUAGUCCAGGGAUUUAAACCUGUGGCUAACGUAGAUGAUAGAAGAAAGGCCUCCAGAGCAAAGAGGGUCCUUUUAAAAAGAUGUUCAUUGAAAGAUGAAAUGAAAAGAAAAUCUUUAGCUGCUGGUAUGGAUGUGAAGAGUGAAGAUUCAGAUUCAGACUCAGAAUCUCGGGUAUCUCUGCACAAGAAGAAACCUCCGACGCCCAAACUCCUAAAAGAUGCAGAGAAUCAUCAACUCUUUGUUGACUUGACCAAAGCCCUGGCAUCUCUAGGAAGAUACGAAGAGGCAUUUGAUGUUUGCAAACUCACACUCAGUUUUGCUUCAGACAUAUUGUCAGAUCAAAGGAGAGAUAGUAUUGUGAAUGUCGGUGUCCAAUUGGCAUGUAAAGUCCAAGACACAAAACGUGGUUGCAAGUUUCUAAAGCCUAUCCUUCUUCAACAUCCAUAUAAAAUGGCGUUAUGGAAUUACUACUACAAAGCACUGUCGAAAGCAGACAGCACUAUCUCAAAAAACAACAAGUUUCUACAACGUGUUCGCAAUCAACAGAAAGAUUGUGUCCCUCCUAUUGUUAUCGCAGGGCAUCAGUUUGGCGAGAUCAGUCAGUAUCAAGUAGCAGCUAGGGAGUACCUGGAAGCUUACAAACUUCAGCCUGAUUGCCCUAUAAUUAAUCUUUGCGUAGGAACUGCACUGAUUAACUUAGCAUUUGAUGUUAGGCUGAAGAAUAAGCAUGAAUGUGUGUUACAAGGGUUGGCUUUUUUGUACAACAAUUUGAGGUUGUGUGGGAAGAAGAAUGAUUGCCGCCAAGAAGCCCUAUACAACAUAGCACGGGCAUAUCAGCAUGUGGGGCUUGUGACUAUUGCAGCUUCGUACUAUGAAAAGGUGCUAACGACUCCACAGAAGGAUUGCCCAAUCCCGAGGUUUCUCUAUGAUGAAUGUCAGUAUGCACACCGAAUUGAAAAACCCGGUGGCUAUUGCAGCCUUCAUAGGGAAGCUGCGUACAACCUUCACCUGAUUUAUAAGGCUAGUGGGGCAUUUGACCUUGCUAGGCAGCUUUUGCAAGAUUAUUGCACUGUUUGAAGCUCUUUUCUUUCCCCUGCUAUAUAUUGCUACUAUCUAUGCUUGUACUGAGAUUUUGUGAACCAGCAAGUAUGUUGUUAUUUAUUCCCUUUAUUAUUUUGUAGAUAUUUACAUGUACUUUGUUGGUUUGUACUUUUGUGAGUGGCUUAUCUGUGUUCUUCAAAUAGUUGCCUGCUUGUGUUAUGUUUAUUUUGUCGGGUGAGAACUUUUUC